ACGAGCUCAAGGAGGUCAAGACCGUCAAAAGUCCAGGCAACGGAGGACGCAUAUUUUCAUGAUUUUGUGAAAUUGUGGACAUGGAAUCGCUCAGUUAUGGCGCAAUUAAAACGGCUAAUCAUGCAAGAGAAGCGGACGAGCAGAAGAAUGAACAGCGCAAGAGGAACCUCCUGAUCCUAGUCUUACAUCACCUGGUUCAGGAGGGUUACACGGAGGCGGCCAAGUCACUGGAGCAUGAGAGUAAUCUCAGCUUCAGCCGCUUCGAGGUGUGCGACAAUGUGGACCUGGAAACGAUAUUAAUGGAAUAUGAAUCUUAUUACUACGUCAAAUUUCAGAGGUACCCUAAGGUUACAAAGAAGAUCUGUACUGAUGGAAACUCUCCUCAAAAAGGCACAAAGAAAUUUGUCAGAAAUGGAAGUACCCCUACAUUGCCCCGCAUACCCCACCCCCAAGCCCCGGACCCCAAAGAUGGGCCGGCCUCAGCGCCCUCGCAUCUGGGCAGGAGGCGGCCCAACUCCAGCACCGCCACACCCAACAGAAAGCCGGCCAUCGACCGCAGGCCCAGCCGAGAAACCAAACAGACGUCUCAAGUCAACGGAGUCGGAGACCCGCUCUCGGAUCUCUCUGUGUCCGGGUCGACAGUCGCCAACAGAUCUAGCGAGACGAAUCUCGCCAACGGCUCGGGGAAAUUGCCGCCCAAGAAGGGACCCAUCAUCGACAUGCGGGCCAUGUUGAACAAUGCCAUCAAGGGGGCCACACAGGAAUACAUUGGGGACAACAAUCCUUCAGAUCGGCUAUUGAAACCCCUAGGGGGCUACUCAGGCUACACCCUGGAGUGGCGAGAGUUAGCACAGAGCAUCAGCAAGGACAUCUAUCUACACAACCCCAACGUCAGAUGGGAUGACAUCAUCGGCUUAGACAGUGCCAAGAGAUUAGUCAAAGAGGCUGUGGUCUACCCAAUCAAGUAUCCCCAGCUGUUCACUGGUAUCCUAUCCCCCUGGAAGGGACUGUUGCUCUACGGCCCGCCAGGUACUGGCAAGACGCUCCUAGCCAAGGCUGUAGCCACUGAGUGCAACACUACGUUUUUCAACAUCUCUGCCUCGAGUAUUGUCAGCAAGUGGCGGGGAGACUCGGAGAAGUUAGUCAGGGUACUAUUUGAGUUAGCGAGAUUCCACGCUCCAUCGACGAUAUUCCUGGAUGAAUUGGAAUCAGUCAUGAGCCAGCGUGGAUCUACACCAGGAGGAGAGCACGAGGGCAGCAGACGCAUGAAGACAGAGCUGCUAGUGCAGAUGGACGGCCUGUCAAAAUCCGACGAUCUGGUCUUUCUUUUAGCUGCCUCCAAUCUCCCAUGGGAAUUGGACCACGCCAUGCUGCGGCGAUUAGAGAAGAGAAUACUGGUGGAUCUCCCCGUCUUAGAAGCACGGAGGAAGAUGAUCGAGUUCCAUUUACCCGAGGUCAUCAACCCCGACUGUGCCUUGGAAAUCAAGACGGAUAUUGACUACGAAUACCUGGCUCAGUUAACGGAGGGUUAUUCUGGCUCGGAUUUGAGACUCGUCUGCAAAGAGGCUGCCAUGAGACCAGUCAGAAAGAUCUUCGACAUCCUGGAGUCUAGUACCGUAGAGGAAAAAGUCCCCGAGUUUAGCAUCGACCCCAUCAGCACUGAUGACGUCAUUGCCGCCCUGGCACACACUAAGCCGUCAGCCAAACUCCUCAAGGACAAAUACAUCAAAUGGCAGAAAGAAUACGAGUCGGUCUAGACGAAGGGGAGAGACAUCUGUCUUUCAAGUGGGAGAAGAAAGUGUGUUGACCUCUGCAUCUGGACACAAGAGGGCGCUGGUGUAGUGACAGCCAACGCGUAGUAUUGCACUGACACUUUAUUGCCAGGACGGUCCAAUUUCAUUUGGAUGCCAGAGUGGCAGAAUGUCAACAAUGUUGGCCAAUUUGCUGUUAUUUCCUCGGGACAUGGACCCGGACUCGCCGCAACACUAUAUCCCAGGUAUUUCCAACAGCCUUGCUUAAAUAGUCUGGUGCCAAAAUGAAGCGGUUCAGUCGAUUGAAGAGAAAGAGGAGUUAACUUUUCUAAGUUACUUUUCUAAGUUACUUUUCUAAGUUACUUUUCAUGAUGUACUUGGCUGAAAAAAAAGCCAAUAUUUACUCUUUAACAUAGAAAUUUAAACUUGACAUUUUACCAAGAAACAAAGCAGGGGAUUUUCAGAAUCUUGGCUUUGUGUCCAGGUGAUUUUUAAGCCAACUUACGGUUUUAUGGCUUACAGUAAAUGGCGUUUUUUGACACUGCGCAGGCUCCUAAGGAAGGGAUACACUGUAUACAACUACUAGUUCACGUGCGUAUGGCGCCAAGCACGCACGAUUUGUUUUAUUUAUGUGCACAAUCCAGUAGAGUGCUCGCGUGAGCGCCAAGCUUAUGUUUCCCAGUGUGCACUGAGUCUAUACACGUGUGCACUGAGUCUAUAUUCUUAAAGCUAUAGUCCAUCAUUUGCAGCCAUCCGAAAAGUAACUGGCGUAAUUAUU